AUGGCUGAACAACGCGUUCAGGGGCUCGAGGCAAUGCCUUCAGAAUUGGUCCACAAGAUCAUGACACAUGCAGGUGUACGCGGGCUAACCGCACUCGUUUUGACAAAGAAAAGAUUCCUGGCGAUCUUCAAAGAAAAUCAAGCUACAGUCAUGAGCACAGUCCUAUUGCGUCAACCCGAGUUUGAGGCUAUGCUCUAUUUAUAUACGAUGGACCAGAGAGAAUUCAACCCAGGAAGCAUGCUAUAUCCCCGGACAAUUGUGUUCGAUGCCGGGCGAGACGAUGACAAGGUCAUAAGCCUUAUUCGGUCCCCCGUCGCCUUUCAAGAGGGCAAAUUGAUAUGCCCACGAAAGAUCCGCUUUGAUUUAUCGGAUAUGGUACGCCUGUGGAAUUUGACCAAGACUAUUGAAUGGUGGGUGGAGGAGUACCCUCGGCAAAGAUGGCGUGAUAAUUCGGAGGAUUGUCGAUGCCUCCGGCCAAGCGAAGAAGUGCGUCUCCGCAAAGCACUCUCGAGAUGGUGGCUUUAUUCACACUGCUUCAUGGGCGACUAUUGGAGAGAUGAUUGUUUGCCUCAAAUGUGGGAAACGGAUGGUCGACUUCACCACAUACGCCUGUUAAGCUCUCUCGAGGUUCGCGAACUAGAGGACCUAUGGGCAACUUUAUGGGCAACCGUCAGCCGCGAUAUUUGUUCCUCGAUUGAUCGUGGCAUCGACAUCGACGGUUUUCUUGCCGAAGGCCUCGUGCCAUGGGGACACGAAGAUGGUCGAGAAGAGACUAUCGUCAACACGUACUUGAAGCUCGACCCACGGCAAUUGAGGUACUUCAUCGAACGUGGUCGUCGCACCAAACCGAAGAGGAUGGACACUGUUUGGCAAGCUAGACUGAGCACCCGCUCCUUUGGCUGCGAUGUCGAGACAAUGACCUGGGCUAUGGAUAUCGUACUGCAGGAGCGAGUGAUGCAGAAGCCUCAGGGCGUCAUUGAAAUUCCUCUUAGCGGUAUUAUCGACGAAGACCACUGCACCGAUCAAGACGGAAGCUUCAUGACGGAUGGAUCACCAACCGGCAAGCCUACAUUGACGAACGAGGAGAUGGCAUCGUUCCCGGUUGGGAGACGUCGAUGGGUCGGCACUGGGGACGAUGGAGUUGACGACCCUGAAGAUGCCCACGGGGACUCAUGGUGA